GAAAAGACAGACAGCUAAAGACAAGGCGGAUACGACGUUAUUCCACACUUCAAGGGCUAACAAUCAAUCAAACGCUGUAGAUGACACAUGCUUUGAUCUGGCAUGGCGAUACAGUAUACGCCUAAGAAGUGAAUGUGAGUAUGGUGUUCAAUCCAGUGUCAGAUACGGGAUACGACAUAGUCCACCAAUCAAGGGGGAUUCAUUUAAAAAGAACGAGGUACCAGACGUUAAACCAGAAUCAUCUUAUACCACCGAAAGUAAUCGUUUAACUUAUUUCAAACCCUGUGUACCUUUAAAGGCGAAUGGAAAAGGAGUGUUAUACAUUUCUAAAAUGUAUGAAAACAAAACUGAGACUGCAAUUCGAAAUCCUAAUUGCAAAACAUACAUUUCUCUUUCUCUUAUGCCAGGAAGGACUGGAAAUGAUAUGUUUCAAGUUGCGGCUCUUAUUGGUAUAGCAAAACGAAACGGGUUAAUUCCAUUACUAAACGACAGACUCUCAAAAAUGGACUGGUUUUACUUUCCGGAUUUAAAUUUCGACUUUCCUCUAGAGAAUGUCAAAAAGCAUCAUGUAGAAAUGCCUGGUGUUUACGCAGAUGAAACGGAAAAUCUCAACCCUGCAUACAAUUGGACUGUAAGAGGAUAUUUGCAGUCCUGGAAAUAUUUCGAGAAUGCUGCGAGUGUCGUUCGCCAAAUAUUCAAGAUCAAGUCUGUCUACAUGACUCCGGCGAAGAACUUCCUUAACAGUAUUUCCAAGACAGGUUAUGUAAAUGUGUGCCUUCAUUAUAGAAGAGGCGAUAUGUUAAUGACGUCAGCAAUCCGACGAGGAUACACGGUUGCCGGUCUCGAUUUUGUGGCGAAAGCAAUGACUUUUUAUGAGCAGAAGUUUACAAAUGUGACGUUCGUUGUCCUAAGCGACGGCAUUCAAUGGUGUAGAAAUAAUAUUAAGAAAUCAAACGUAGUAUUUAGCCCAUUCGAAGUUGCUGCUAUAGAUUUUGCCUUAUUGACUUCAUGUGAUCAUGUGAUAGUGACUUCCGGUACAUUCGGGUGGUGGGGCGCGUGGUUAUCAAGGGGGACAACUGCGUAUUACGCUGGUUAUCCCGGAGUGAAUACGUGGUUGGAAACAAAAAUGGAUCGCUCAGAUUAUUACCCAAACGAUUGGAUUGGAAUAUUGUAAUGUGAUGAUGAGUGGAUGUGAAGAGAGAUUAUUUUCAGCAAAAUGACAGUAGAUAAAAAAAAAACGUUUUAAAUAUUGCUUAAGUUAUUUUUCUUAAUAUCCGUGAUGGUUUUGUUGCUCAUUAUUUGUCAAUUUGUGUCCAUGAGAUUAUUGAUAAGUGUAUUGAUUUUAUGCAUGAUUAUAAUUUCUACUGAGUGAUAUUUUUUAAAUGAAGAAAGUCGAAAACAGUUAUUUUUAGAGCUAUAGAAAUUGUGAGAUGCCCAAAAAAUCACAGAGGCUGUGUGCCUCUUAUUGGAAAAGUUGCAUUAUUUUAUUUAUGUUUCUAUUCAUAUAUUAUAAUUCAGGACUUCUAUUCGACAACGCUGCAAAAACACAUAUAUUUCAUCUGCAUACACAUUUUCGACACGCUUUGUACAAAUGGUGUACGUUAAGAAAACAUAAAUCAUGGCAAAGAGAUAUAGGUCUUAUACGUUUGUUCUAAAUAAUCAGUUGAACCGUGACAAGAAGAGAUAAGUCCUAUUGUGUUAAAUGUUCUUCCGUGUUUUUUUGUGUUUUUGUGAAUGAUUUUUUUUUCUGAUCAGUGGCAUUGUGUUGACCCUGUGCUAAUGAACGGGGUUUAUGUUUAAACUUCGACUACUUGUUUGUGUAGUUUUUCAUAUAAAUAUCUAUA